AUUUGGGAAAAACUAGUACCAAUACAACCUUCACUCAUUCUGUUGCUCCAGCCUCUAAACAAAGUGUUGUAGCAGCAUCCUGCAAUCCUACCACUACAACUUCAAACAUCGUUAUCCCUGUGUCUGUGAGUGGCACCAGCUCAGGGACAUCCAGUUUGACAGUGCAGCGACAACAGCUAAUGCAAAUACAGCAGCAGAUGUUUGAACAACAAGUACAGCAGCAGCAACAACAACAUCUGCUACAGCAACAACUGCUGCAGCACACCAUUAUGCAACAGAUUGGACAGGCAACUGAUGGAAUGCCACAG